AAAAAAAAAGUUGGGAAAAAAGGGAAAGGGAGCAAAGCGCCGGCAGUGGUGGAUGCCUUGUCCCCGAAGGAGAUGAGCAAGGAGCAGCUGGAAAAGCACGUCGCGCGUCUCCGGGAGGAGCUGGACCGGGAACGGGAAGAGCGCAACUAUUUCCAGCUGGAGCGUGACAAGAUCCACACCUUCUGGGAGAUCACCCGCCGGCAGCUGGAGGAGAGGAGAGCAGAGCUGCGGAACAAGGACCGGGAGAUGGAGGAGGCGGAGGAGCGGCAUCAAGUGGAGAUCAAGGUUUACAAGCAGAAGGUGAAGCACUUGUUGUACGAACACCAGGAAAACCUCACCGAGCUGAAGGCGGAGGGCACCCUGUCCGUGAAGCGGGCCCAGAAGGAUCACUGGGCCCAGGAGAUGGAGCUGCGUAAAGACGUGCGCUCCUUGAAAGUGGAGCUGAAGGAGCAGGAGCUGGCCAACGAGGUGGUGGUGAAAAACAUGCGCCUGAAACAGGAGGAGGAGAUCACCCAGCUGUGCACCGACUUCGAGAGACAAGUGAAAGAGAUCGAGGCCAAGUACACCAAGAAGAUGCAAGUGCUGCGGGACGAGCUUGACUUGCGGAGGAAGACGGAGAUCCACGAGGUGGAGGAGAGGAAGAACAGCCAGAUCAGCGAGCUGAUGAGGAACCACGAGAAGGCCUUCAGUGACAUCAAGAACUACUACAAUGAUAUCACCCUCAAAAACCUGGCGCUCAUCAGCUUGCUGAAGGAGCAGGCGGAGGAGAUGAAGAAGAGAGAGAAUCACUUGGAAAAGGAGAAGGCGGAUGUGCUGCUCCAGAACAAGCAGCUGAAGGAGCCCCUGCAGCAGGCCCAGGAGCAGGUGUCCGAGCUGCAGAAGAAGUUGGCCCACUAUGACAAGGACAAGGAGGCCCUGACGAACACAAAAGCCCGUUUGAAAGUCACCCAGAAGGAGCUGAAGGAUCUUCAGUGGGAACACGAGGUGCUGGAGCAGAGGUUCAGUAAGGUGCAGGAGGAGCGAGACGAGCUCUAUCGGAAGUUCACCAAAGCCAUUAACGAGGUGCAGCAGAAGACGGGCUUCAAGAACCUGCUCCUGGAGCGCAAGCUGAAAGGACUCCUCAGCGUCCUGGAGAAAAAGGAGGUGGAGCUCAGCGAGGUCUUGGCAGCCUCCAACCUCGACCCGGGCGCCCUCUCCUUGGUCUCGCACAAGCUGGAGGACGUGCUCAAUUCCAAGAACACCACCAUCAAGGACCUGCAGCUCCAGCUGGCCCGAGCCUGCAAGGCGCACAACGACAUGCUGCAGACCUUUGAGGCAAAGCUGACGGCCUUUGGGAUCCCCCUGGACAACCUGGGCUUCAAGCCCCUGGUGAGCCCCGUGCCGGGGCAGGCGGUGGGGCAGGGCCCCGCAGGACUCCUCGCUGUGCCCACCUGACGCCGGCCAGCACCGAGGGACCCGCCGACCCGGGCAGGGAGCAGGGCUGUGCCCCGUUCGUGCUCC